GGAUAUUGGACAGCGCGUACUAAGACUAUGUGCGUAUCAACCUAAAAGAUGUUCGGACGAGGGAAAAGUAGUCUCUCGAAGCCAAAAAAGGUUCAUUCUCUUGAAAAUUUGAAAUAUCUUCACUCCGUGUUACAAAAGAAUCGAGCUGUUAGUGAACAAAACUAUGGGAUACUAGUUGAAGCUCUUCGAUUAAUUGCAGAAAUUUUAAUCUGGGGUGAUCAAAAUGAUAGUUCAGUCAUGGACUUUUUUCUUGAAAAGAAUAUUCUGGAGUACUUUUUGCAGUAUAUGAAACAAGAUUUAAGUCGAAGAAUAUGUGUUCAGUUACUACAAACUUUAAAUAUCUUAUUUGAAAAUAUAACAAAUCAAACAGCUAUCUAUUACCUUCUGUCAAACAAUCAUACAAAUGCUAUCAUUACGCAUCGUUUUGAUUUCACCGACGAAGAAGUGAUGGCUUAUUAUAUUUCCUUUCUAAAAAUAUUAUCCUUUCGUCUCAACGUAAAUACCAUCAGCUUUUUCUACAUUGAGUCUCGUCGAGAGUUUAAUUUAUAUGUUGAAGCGAUUAAAUUGUUCGCUCACCCGGAGGGUAUGGUUCGUAUUGCUGUACGUACUAUCACUCUAAAUGUACAUAAAGUUAAAGAUGAAGCUGCUUUGGAGUUUAUUCACCAUCAGACUUCAUUAAUUUACUUCUCACAUCUUGUGUGGUCAAUAGGUAAUACAAUAUUAGAUAUUGAUUGCCAUAAGUGUCAAACUAAGUUGAAAGAUUUAGUUGCAGAGCAUAUUGAUCAUUUACACUACAUAGAUGACUUGUUGUCACUGGGUAUAGAAGGUUUAAAUGAAGUACUGUGUGACCAGUUACUGAGGAGAUUAUUUAUACCGUUACAUAUCUACUCCUUAUUGAAGCAAUACAAGUCGGAUGCAACAACAAAUCUAGGGACAGUAAGUUGACAAGUGUUUUUUAUGUGUAGCCUGAAUAUAUAUGUGAUGGGAAAAAGAAACUACGCGUUUUAAUUUCCACAUACGAUAUAUUUUUCAAGUUAACACAUAUCCGUCCACCAUUUAAUUAGGCUUAAUUAGGUUUUUAUUGUGUACUUUAUGUAAGAACUAACAGUUAAUUACACCAUAGACUAAGUUUCGUGUCUUGGGUUUACAACCCCAACACAUUUAUAGUCCUAGUCUCAUUUCAGCCAACCACCUAUAACCAACAAACUCAAAAGUUUAUUUUGAAGAGAAAACGGAUUUAUAAAGUUUUAUGCUGCGGCUGUACUGUAGGCAACUAUUUUAGCUUCUCUAAUGAGUUGUAAAACACUAGGAACCAUAUAGCUGGGUAAAUUUUAAAUGAAACAAUGCAAAAAAUAGUUCAUCUAUUUUCUUAUAAUGAAUUUAAAGGCGUUUUAGUUUCAUUCAGAAAGUAACGUCUACUAUAAUAAUCAAAGUAACUGUGAUUAAGCUGUCUGAAAACCAAUAUUCUGGAUUACUCAUCCAUUGAUAGGAGUAUCUCGUAAAUUCAAGCAAGUCGUUGACUACAUCUCGGUUAGAAUAAAUACUUUUUUCUUUUGUGUUCCAACUGCUUUCUACAUCUGUUUCAUAUUAACUCAUAGCCAUCUUUUGUGGCCAUAUAGGUCAUUUUGUCUAAUCAAUCAUCGUUUAUUUACUAAAAUACUUUUGUGGAGACUUUUCAAGUAUAUUCUAAAGAUGAUUUACAUUACGAACAAGUGGCUUUAGUUGGCAGACUAUUGAAAAUUAGAGAGUAAAAUUGCACAGUUGGAUUGUUUAGCUUGAAACUACUAGAAAAUGAGUGCUCACGUGCCCGUGGGGUAUAUAGCCUAGGCUCUUCGUGUCUUACAGUAAGCACAAAUUCUUUGCGCCAUUGAAUGGUUUCUGUAUUGACGUAGUGAUCGGGCUUGCUUAUCGUAAUGAUCUGACCGGGCUAUACUUAGGAAGAAAUUGUUCAUUUAGGUUCUACCAUGUUAAGCAGAUCAGUUGGGAGCGGUAAGACUAAAAGUAACAAAAUAAUGGUCUGAGAGCAAAGUUAUAUUGCUGACGGUACCGAGGUAUGACGGCAGUAAGGUGUUCCUCUCAGGCAGUCAGUACCUAUGGCGAAGUUGCUUUACAACGGAAGGAGGGGGUUAGAAAAGACUGACACUAAAAACAUCAUAUCUCAUGUUAAGCCACGGAUUUCUGUCUCCGGUGAUAAGAUCUUUUGAAGCACGGAGUUAACAUGUCACAAACUUCCCACAGAAAGAUCGUGUAUAACUGGCCUCAAGCAGUUGUCCUUUGGGUUCCUCGGUCACUCUUCCAGGUUAUUAAGACUACCCAUAACCUAGUUUCCUUUUCAGGUCCCCAAAACACCCUGGUACGAUCAAGAGUCAGUUCUCCGUUUCGAAACACUCUUACAUGACCACGCGUAUACAGCAACUGCCAGGGAAGUUUUACUCACUGCCUUCUCGCGAAGGAGAUGUUUUUUUCAAAAUCGAGAGGACGAAAAGCGAAUAUCUGGCCCUUUGACCGGAUUGGUGGAUAUGGAAGAUCCACCUAGGGGAGUUAGAAAAUUCUGAUCCCAAACCACUAGUGCACAUGGGCCCCAGGGCCCUGAGGAAACAAAUGGCGUAUGAACCUAUUGUUGGUCAUUGGCUACAUUGGGGCUGCAUCUCCUUACGUUGUUCCAUUGCCUUGUGGAUUAGUGCUCUAGGUCAAAGGCUCGGGGAGUGGCUCACUAAGAAAACCACCUGCUUCGGUUUAAGCAUCUGGGCAGUAUCUCAGCCCUCACACAAAUUAAAUGGUUUGUGUGGUGCUAAGUUUUUUGUACCAUUUUUUAUGUGCUUAAAUAAAUAAAUAAAUCAGGUCCGUCAAGAAGAAAUAUCCUUUUCCGGUUUGGGUAACCUGGAAGUGACAACUGCCCUCGUACCCCUAACAGCACUAGAGAUCCUCUUGUUCACGAUCGAAUCCCUUCGUCACUUCUUGAUAUUCCUAUCCCCACCACUAGCCUUUCUCCCGUGACUUUAUCUCUAUGUGCCACCAAUGCUAACUAUUCGAGUCUACGAAACUUAUUCCUGAUCUCUUGAAAUUGCCUUCCAAACUACACGUUAGAGCUCUCACCAUUCAGGCCUUAUGUUAAAUAGGUCGACAGGCUUUUAUUAUAUCUUGUGAUUGCUGGUCAAAAUCAUGUGACAAUUCGCCUAUCAGAAUCCUGAUUCUAAUUCGCAUCUAAUAUUACUCGGUAGCUUGGUAUCUCCUCUGACAGUCAAUUACACGUCCGACCAGCACUAUUAACCUUGAUUCAGCAGCUAAGUUCCUAUUGGUCCACCGUUUUCUAGCUUCUCUUUGUGCCCUUUCUUUGAGUCUAAAAGUUAGCAACCAGUCUCCACUGUACCCAUGUUCUAAACGCAGUUUAUAUACAAACAGACCAGACCGCAUCACACUAUAAAAUAAAAAAUAACAUUUAUGCAUAGACAGACCAAAAAGUGUCUGUGAAUGAGGGAGACUGAGUAAUCGCCUGGCUAGUAUGGAAGAACAAAAUAUUUCCCGUAAAACUCAACCUUCACUUUAUCCGACUUGCAGUCAAUUUGAGUGCAAACAGGGACGACGAAAAGGCCACACCGUUUGUCCCCAUCCUUCCAUGUUCUUACUUCUUCACUUAGUCAGACAGCCUACAAACGACUGCUUGUUGGAAUCCAGUCUAGGAGAUCUUGUUUUUUUGACGUAUAUAUAUAUUGAUAAACAGGGGAUUCCGAAUGUCUAGCUUGUACUAUUUGAAGUUUUUUAAUCAAACAAAAGUGUUUCAAAGAUUGGUUCAAAUAACGAUAUACUUGAAUCCGUAAACAAAACUAUUUUAACUAAUAAGGACAGUUUGUCAGUGACAGUAAUGGAUAGAUAGCCUACGAUUUUACGCCGGUGUGAUCGAUUGAUGAGGAGGAGCACAGGCCUCCCACCAGCAUUCUCCAUCUAACUCUGUUUUGGGCAAUCCUUUCCAGCUGCUAUUCAUCCUUUUCAUGUCUGCCCCCAAUCCUCGACACAGUGUGUUCUUUGGCCUUUCCAUUUUCCGUUUCUCUUCAGGAUUCCAAGUUAUCUCUUGCCUCGUGAUAAAGUUUGGUGGUUUUUGCAAAGUUUGUCCUGUCCACCUCCAACAUCUGUUCUUAAUUUCCUCUCCAACUGGAAGCUGGUUUGGUUUCUCCCACAGUAGGUUGUUGUCGAUGGUAUCCGGCCAACGGAUAUUGAGUAUCUUACGUAGACAAUUGUUUAGAAAUACUUUUACCUUUUGGGAUGGUUGUGGUAGUCCUUCAAGUUCCAGCUCCGUACAGUAGGACUGUCUUGACGUUCGUAUUGAAGAUUCUGACUUUGAUGUCGGCUGACAGUUGUUUUGAGUUCCAUAUGUUCUUCAAUUGUAGGAAUGCGGCCCUUGCUUUGCCAGUCCUCGCCUUUACGUCUGCAUCCGACCCUCUUUGUUAAUCCAUUAUGCUUCCCAGGUACGUGAAAUAUUCCACAUCUUCUAGAGCUUCUCGAUCAAGUGUGAUUGGGUUGGUGUUCACCGUGUUUUAUUUGAGGAUCUUGCUUUUUCAUAUGUGCAUAUUGAGGCCUACUGAUGUAGUGGCUGCUGCUACACUAGUUGUCUUGAUCUGCAUUUGUUCGUGUGUAUGGGAUAGGAGGGCCAGGUCCAAAUCGUCUAAUUGAUUCUAAGCUGUCCAUCGUAUUUCGUGCUUCCCCUCAGAUGUGGAGGCCUUCAUAAUCCAGCCAAUCACCAGAAGAUAAAGAAAAGGGGAGAGUAAGCAGUCUUGUCUGACACUAGUCCUCAAUCGGAACGCGUAUGUUAACUGUCGUCCAUGCAUGAUAUUGCAGUGUAGUCCGUCGUAUGAAUUCUGGAUGAUGUUGACGAUUUUUUCACGUACUCCAUAGUGUCGAAGAAAGCUCCACAAGGUUUUUCCAUCCAUGCUAUCAAACGUCUUCCCAUGAUCAAGGAAGUUGAUGUAUAGUGACGAGUACCAUUCAAUUGAUUGCUCAACGAUGAUCCAUAGUGUCGCAGUUUGGUUUGUACACGACCGAUUCUUACGGAAUCCAAUCUGUUGAUCUCGAAGUUGGGCGUCCAUUGAAUCUUUCAUUCGGUUCAAUAACACACUGUUGGAAAUUUUUCCUGGUGCUGACAGUAGUAUGAUGCUUCUGUAGUUCUCACAUUUGCUCAAAUCUCCUUUCUUUGAUAUCUUGAUGAGGUGUCCUUCUUUCCAGUCCGUCGGCACUUGUUCCUCCUCCCGAAUCUUCCUGAAUAGAACGUGAAGCAUACCUGUAGUUACUUCUAUGUCUGGCUUCAGAGCUUCAGCUGGUAUAUUGUCUGAUGAUCAUCCUGAUUUCUUCCAUCGUUGUUGGAGUGACAUCUAUAAUGAGGUCUGUGUGUGCUGCUUCGAUGUCCGAUGGAUUCAGUGGGGCUGGUCUAUUCAAGAGUCCCUCGAAUUAUCCUACCCUUCUGUUACUCCGUUCUUGAAUCUCGGUGAUUGGCUUGCCUUCUUUGUUCUUGACCGGUCUCUCUGGUUUACUAUAUUUCCCCGCUGUUUUCCCCGUCGCAUCACAUGGUUGUCUCAUAUUUCCUUCACUUGCCGAGUUUUCCACUUUCAUUGCUAUGUCUUCCACAUAUUUCUACUUGUCAGCUCUAAUGCCUUUCUUCACUCUCUUGAUUACUUCUGUGUAUUCAGCCUGUGCCCUGACUUUCUCUGCUCUUGUUCGGCUGUUAUUAAUUGCUACCUUCUUGUUGUUUCAUUCGUGAAUGUUGUCUAGGGUUUUGAUAGAGAUCCAUUCCUUAUGAUGAUGAUGCUUGUUGCUGCCAAGAACCUCUUGACUUGUUGAAGUCGGUGAUUCUUUAAUCCCUUUGUAGUUGUGGUUCAUAGUAGUUUCUUCUUUCAGUAGAUCCUGUAAGGUUCGGAACUUGUUGUUGAGAGUUGUCUUGAAUUCGUCGAGUUUGACGGUAUCUCGAAGGAAGGCUACAUUGAACCUAUGUAAUGUUGUUUCCCCGUUGUCCACUGCUUCUUUAGCUUCAGUUUCAUCUUGGCAACUACUAGCUAGUUUUGAUCUGAAGCUAUGUCAGCUCCUCCCCUGGUUCUCACAUCUUCCAUUGAUCUGAAUUUGUCGGUGAUGUAAAUCUGAUUGAUCUGGUUCUCCGUGGUGUGUUCCGGUGAGACCCAUGUAGCUUUGUGUGUGUGUUUGUGUGGGGAUAUUGUGCCACAUAUAUGCAUAUUGUUGAAUACACACAAAUUCGAAAAUCUGUCACCAUUCUCGUUCCUUUCUUCUAGUCAGUCCAUGUUGUCCCAUGAUGUCUUCACACCUGAUGUUGUCCAUUCCGACUUUGGCGUUUAGGUCUUCCAUCAGGAUGGUCAGGUCUUUACCUAGGCACUUCGCUAUGAUUGAUUGCAGCCUCCUUUAAAACUGAUCUUUAUUGUCGUCAUUGGUAUCAUUGGUGGGUGCAUGACACUGCUUGACAUUCAUUGUAAGUCCCUCCUUCUUUGUUUUUAAAGAUGCUUUGAUGAUUCCGAGUCCGUGAGACUUCCAUCCUGCAAGUGCAUCACGUGCUUUUUGGACAGCACCAGAGCCACUCCCUGAGUGUGCUAAGUAUUUUCUUCUUCGUGACCAGAGUACAACAGCAUCUUUCCCGAAUCUAUCCAUUUCUGUCCAGCUUGGGUCCAAUGGGUUUCGCUGAUUCCGAGUACUGCCAAGUUGUAUCUCCUCAUUUUCUGAACUAUUUGAUUGGUCCUCCCGGUCUCCCACAUUUUCAGGAUGUUCCAUGUCCCUACAAAAAUUGUUGAUCUUGCUGUUAGAAUGGGCAUCAGUCUUGUGACUUCCUAAGAAUUUUGUUUUUCUGUAUGAGGCGUCAUAAUUCUUCCUUCAACUCUCAGGGUAGAGUUUAAAUGUUUUCAUUUGUUUAAUCUGGUUGGCGUUUUUUAGCACACUUGUUUUGUACGGGAUGUGGUUGUCGACCCCAUGCUCAAACCUCCUCCUUUACCCGGGCUUGGGACCGGCAGUAACUCUAGAAGAGAUACAGGUGGAGUUGAAAACAGAGUGGAUACACCCAAACCAUUGCGAACGAUUCUGAGUCAUGUUAUUCGAAGUCUCUAACCAUUGGUCGCGACAAUAACUCGCCGUCCGAUUCGGUAAUCUGAGAAUGCCUACUAGGGUUACUCUGACAGUUAGUAUCUUCAUGGACUUCUGCUGUGUAUUGGUUUGGCUACAACUAGCUUUCUUUCAACUUACUCCCCUACAACAGCCAUUAUCACUCAUCGAACAAUUCGAUGAAUGUGAACACGCAAUACAUAUUCUAACCAUCUCAUUCGAUAAAGAUUGACUACCUCAUCCAUCUGUUUGCCUUAACUACCUAGUACUCUGCAUCUAACCUUAGAAUUCCCUACUUGAUGAUCCCAACAUAAAUGAACAAUGCUUUGAAGACAUCAAUGAUAAAAACUAGUAACCUGCGAAUAUUCUCUACUUAAAAUGACCACUUUUCGCAGGCACGAACGAGAAUGGAUCUAACUGCUGCACAGUAAACUCAUCCUUUGGUUUCCAGGCGGAGAUCUUUCCAACGCCGCAAGUAACGAAAGUCGGCAAAAACUGAUUGAGCUUUCUGAAUUCUUGCUGAGAUGUCGUCAAACACCAGUCCAUCAGGACUAAAGAGGCUUCCAAGAUAAAUGAACCGAUCGACGUACCCAACUAAUUCACUCCCUAUAACUAGUUCAGGCGUUGAUAUAAACCAGUUUUGAAGAAACGUUUUGCAUUUGGAGGGAGAGAAACUCAUCCCAGAAAUGUCAACAUUGUUGCUUACGGCGUCCAGAAUACCUUACACUUUGUCAGCGUCUUCAUCAAACAGAACUGUAUCACCUGAGUAUUUCAAACCAACAAGAGAAUUUCCUGGCAGAAGAUCGACUCCUGACAAGUCAGAUGAUGAAUGUCAUAUGUAGAAGGAUAUCUAUCACAAAGUUAAAUAAAAAUAGAGAAAAAAGAUAACGCUGACGAACACCGCUUGAAGUCUUCAAUUUCAAUGACAGGUCACCAUAAAUUCUGACUCGACCAGUAGUGUUCGAGUAGACAGCCUAUACAGGGUUAGGUUAACGGUUUGAUCCUCUGUUUAUUAAACUCUUUAGUUUGGAUCCAUUUUGGAACAAAAGUUGAUCGGUAAAACCUAACAAAUAUGCACACCAGAUGGCUAAGGUCUUGAUUAAGGAGAGAAAACUGUUCAUAUUGAUCUUACCAUUAUGCUACUUGGAUAGACCACAUUAAAAAGCACGACUCAGUGCUUGUGAGAAAACAUUAGUGUUUGCAAAAUAUUGUUUGAGAAGAAAAUAUUCUAAUCAGCUUAUGGUUUUGUAACCUCUGUCCAUGAGUUUACUUAGGUAUCAUAUGAGAAUAUGUAGCAUCUUAUUGUUAGUAAGAAUUUUAGUGAUCGAUUAUUUGUGUGGUAUUUAAGCAUUUCAAAGAAUAUGAGGUUGUUUUUUAGAACUAUUUGUGUUUAUGCGCAUUAUAUAAGAUUAAUAACAACUAUGCACAUUAUUUACUACGUGCAUUUUCUUCAUGUACUAGGGUUUUAGGCAGAUCUUAUAGAUGCAAGUUGAUGAUGUUAUCUGGCUGUCCAAACUCUAAAUCAAAAGAAUGGCAUCUAGAGCCAAGAUUGAAUAAUUAAAAAUCAAGUGAAUUGAAUCAUUAUCUUUACAGUAAUUAACAGUUAGUGUCAUAAUAUUGAUACUGUAUUAAUGAUAAGUUAGUCAUUGAUAAUGAUGUUUUAUAAUGUUUCCAACAGUAUAGUAAUAACGGGACAGGCUUUGUAUAUGUAACAAGUAUUACGAUCUAACCAAUUUUUCGUUUCUUUUUAAUAACAAUGAAACGGUACUAAUUUUUUGAUUUAUUUAUUUUGAAAGGUUCGUAGACCUCGUCUAUCCUAUUCCGUGACAGUGUUUACACUAAUUCAUAUGUAUUUAUUUCUACGUGAUACUCGACUAAUCUGUUUACUUACGGAAGCUAUUCUAAUUGGCGAUCUCACAUUGCCUGGCUUAAUAAUACCUUGUAAUAUACCAUGUUCCAAUUCACAAAUUGUCUUCAAUGACCCCACAACUCAGGAUUGUUCUGUAAGUUUUCAAAGAAAUUUAAAUUACGAAGAGACUGAUGAUACUGCAUGUGAUGAUGAUCCAGCAAUGAUCAUUGCUAAAACGUUAAUUGCUGCCACUGUGUCUUUACGAGCUUCUGACCAGGCAUCACCUGGGCAAAGAUUAACUACCUACUUAAUACAUUCAGUGACAUCCAAAAAUCCAUUGAUAUUUUCUCAACCUAGUGAAUCAUUAGAACAUGGAUUAACUCAAGCGAAAGGUGUAACACCGACAUUGAUGUCUGUUCUAUGGCCACCCAAUGUGGCUCCACUAAAACUAGUGGAGAAGAAUACAGAAACUUACGUGAGUUUAAAAUAGACAGGGUUUUAACUGUUAUUAUUAUUACUUUGGAAAUUAUAGUCAACCUCUAAUCAUACAGAUUUCUGAUUUGUUUAAAAUUUCUAUCGUACUGCAUGAAAAUGGUGUAUUAGUUAUAAGAACGUUGUUUUAACUAACUGAAGUGUAUAAUCAUUAUAUAUUUUCUGCGACAUGUUUCUAUUCUUGACUGUUUAUCCAUUAAUUGGUUUACAAAUAACUCGUAGUUAGACUAUAUUUACGUCGAUUAUUUUGUGUAUACAAUGGUAGUUUUGUUCUCUUAAGGUACGUCAUGCUUUUUUAUAAAAGUUCAUUCAGUUGAGAUUCUAGACGAUUAUUGGUCUUGUGAACAAAGAUUAACAGCUUGGCCAACACAGUCGCAAAUCAGUUGGGCCGUCACAACGGAAACGAUAUUUUUUAUGUAGACAGUGAAAAUCAACGGUUUGGCAAGUGGUCAUUCAUGGAAUAGUUUGGUUUAAAUAUAUGAAUUCAAUAGGGUUUAGCUUUAUCUAAUUAUAUGGAACUUAUUUACUAAGUACAAGCAUAGAUACCUCCCUAUGAGCUACAUGUUUUACGUAUGAAGACUUACUUCGUGGAAGUUCGUUCUGUUCUACUUUACGGCUGCGAAAUGUGGCCAUUAAGAGUAGAAGAUACUCGUAAGUCACCAGUAUUUGAUCACACAUUUUUUCUGGAAAUAUUACCAACAUUUGCUGGGAUCACCGGAUAAGUAAUAGUGAAGUUAGACGCAGGAUAUUAGCGAAUGAUGGUUGGGCCACGUGUUACGUAUGUCUGAAUACCGAUUAACACAGCGCUAAAUAUAAUCGGUUGUCCUCUCCUGUGCUUUCCUUCACUACAAUACUACUCGGCUGUUCGAACUGAAAUGAGUGGAGUGUGGUCUCAAUGUUUAACCUAAGGGUUGAUGGCCGGCUGCUUUAUCCUGGAAGGCGGUGAAAAGGGAAAAUGUUCUAUUUCUUCACAUAACUCAUGAAACCUUAGGGCAUUUUUCAUUUAUUUUUCCUUGGUAACAUCAUGAUCUGUACUUAUGACUGUCUAAAUUUAAUGAAUUUUUACAUUAAAGAAACAUAUAUUUUAGUCACAUGUAAUUUCUUGUGAAGAUCAGGUCGAGAAAUGACAAUCGUCACAUCAUUUCGAAUAUUUUUACCGAAUUAAAAUAUGAAAUUAUGGAAGUUUUAAUCAUUGGAGGUCAUAUUAACUGAUAACAAAGAUGGGUGAAAAGCUAACUUCUAUUUAAGACACAAGUAGUUCUGACGUUUUCUUCGUCUCGAGUAUCGUGAAAAUCCGGUUGACGCGACUUUAAAAAAUGGUAGAAUUUCCUUCAUAUUUGCCGUAGAAAUAAGGUCAGUCAGUCGUAAACAACACACAAUCUGGGACAGAUAUGGAUUGCUGUAAGCUGUUACAUUACAUUAGCACAACAAAAAUGCUAACAAGCUAAAAAAAGACAAUGAUUGGGAAUAAUAAUAGUACCAAUGAUAAUAGAAAACUAAACAUAUAGGAAUAUAUUUCAAAAAGAGUAAAUAAAACUGCUGAGUAAAGAGUAUGGAAUGAUAAUACUGAACUCAAGAUAUAAACGAUAACAUGCGUGCAUUUAUUGUCUCUGUUGCUGGUUUCAAACCAUUUUAAAACAGCAAGUUAAUGAGUUUGUAAGUAUCAUUACUAAGGUUUGAAUUCCAAAUAAACUGAGCAGUUAUAUCCCAAUGAGUAGAAAAACCUAACUUUUAUACUAAUUGGGAUAUUACAAAUAUAUUAUUUUUAUUUAUAGCAAGUUAAUGAGUAAAGGACCACUGGUUUACUGAAUUAGGAGAGGCUAGUGAUAGUUUCGUACUUAUUCUAUAUACAUGUAUGCCCUCCGUCCACCGUAUUCGUACAAUUGGAGCAAAAUUAAUGUUUUUCCUUGAAAUAUUAUGAAAUGUGAUGAAAUUUCGAUUAUAAAAAUAUAAUAAAAGAAGUCCUAAAAAUAGUUAAAAUAUAUAAACAAUGUCUACAUGUUUUUGCGCAAUUAUAAUGUGUUUAGAAAUUGUUAUACUAUAUGACUGACUGUGUUUAUUUCAGAAAUAAAUCGUAUUACAUUAUACAUGCAUUAAGUUACAGUUACUUAAUAAUUCCAUUUUCUUAUGGUUUACACUGAGGAUUGAUCUGAGACAACUAUUGGGGACCAUGAAGCACUGAGUAGCCGUUUCGUCUUAGUACAGGACUCCUCAGCCGUACUCAUUCAGAACUUCACUCGAUGAUCGGAACCAAGACUUUCAGUUUUGGGGUGAAGGCAUUAUCCUCUAACCAACUGGACCAUCAUCUUAGUGUGUACUUGUCCAACUUCACACAAUUCGUGAUAUUGUGCGUCCAUUUUUCAUUGUAUACGGUGAUUAACUAUCUCUUAAUCAAUGUGAAUGAACUCUAUUAGUCACAGCUUCUCAUUGGGACUCUUAGAAUUAGUCGCUAAUGAGCACAUGGUCGUUAUUAGUAUAGGGGGUUUGUAUAGAUUGUUGGGUUUUCGCACAAUAUCGCGAGCCGAUUAAGACCAGACAUAUACACUAAUGGUUGUCGGCUCAGUGGUCUAGAGCUGCGGACGAGUACGGCUGAGGAGUCCUACACUAAGAUGAAACAGUUACUCAGUGCUUCUUGUUUUUCAAUGUUUGUCUAAGAUCAGUCCGCAAUGUAAACCGUGAAAGUUCAACAGUCUCUUUAAACUUCCCAUACUAAUUUCAUAUUCGUUUCAUAUUUAUUAUGCAUAUAUACUUUUUAUCACAUUCAGUGAAUCAGCUACAACGUAGAACCAGGCAUAUAUAUGCGUCGGUUCAAGUUGCCACACCUCAUUAGCACGGCAAGAUGAUCACCAAAUUCAUAGAAGUAGUUACUUCAAUGGUAGUAAUAUAUAAAAGAAGGAUUGAAUAUAAUAAAAAAAAUUAGUUCGUAGAAUGAAAAGCAUAAGGUAAUUUUAAUCUCACUGUUUAAGGGAAGACAAAGAGCGUAUACACCUACGCCAUUGUGGUCGAUUCUGAGCCAUGUCACCAAGAGUCUCCAACCAUUCGUUACGAUAGUCACGCGGACCCCAACCAAGUAGUCUGCAUCUACCAACAUGGCUCAAACUAGGAGUCAGUGACUUCAAGCACUGGUGCCACGUUUUGGUUUGGCCGCCCCCAACCUUCUUCCAACCAUCUCCAACACCGGUUAGCAUUGCACGUCGUGGUAAUCGGUGUUUGGGCAUACGUAACACGUGGCCCAACCAUCUCAGUCGAUGUUGAUUCACAACCCUAUCAACUAGUUUACCGUCAUGCUCUGAUACGCUGCGUCUAACCUCCCUAUUACUUAUCCGGUGAUCCCAGAUGUUGGUAAUAUUUCCAAAAAAUAUGUGAUCAAAUACUAGUGACUUACGAGUAUCUCAUACUCUUAAUGGCCGCGUUUCGCAGCCGUAAAGUAGAACAGAACAAACUGCUGCGCAGUAUACUCGUCCUUUUAUCGAUAGACCGAUAUCUCACCUUCACCAUAGGUGACAUUUGGCGAAAGCCAAACGAGCUUUUCGAAUCCGUGCUGAGAUUUCGUUAGACCCCUACCCAUUAGGGCUGAUCAGACUUCCAAGAUAAGUGAAGUUGUCAAUGCGUUCGACUACUUCACUCUUUAUUCUUAGUUUAGGUGUUGACGCAGGCCAGUCAGUCCUGAAUCAACAAUUUGAAUUUAGAGGGGUGAAACGGAUCCCAAACAUCACGACAUUGUUGUUCGGUGCUACCAAAAAACUGUACAUUUUAUCAGCGUCUUCACCAAACAGGACUAUGUCAUUUGCGUAUUCUAACUUGUUAAGUGGACCUCCUGUAAGGAGACCAAUUCCUGAAAAUUCAGUCGACGAGAACGUUAUUUGCAGUAGUAAGUCUAUGAUGAAAUUAAACAGAAAUGGACAUAUUGGACAGCCUUGUCGGACACAACCUAGUGUUGCAAAAUCAGAUGACAGUUCGCCAUGAGCUCUGACUAGACUAGUGUUCGAAAAAGGAAUCUUCACAAAGUUUAUGUACUUCUGAGGUAAACCUUUCAAUGACAGACACUGCCACAGAACCUCUCGAUCUACAGAGUCAAAUUCUGCUUUUAAGUUAAGAAAAGCCAUCAUUGUCGGACGCUGAUAAACAUGCCUCUGUUCUAAGGUCUGACGAAUGGUGCAGCCACGACCAGGUCUGAAGCCAGCCUGAUUUUCUCAUGUUCGCUGCUCACGAGUUUUUGUUAGGCAUCUGAUAAUCAUUGAGGCUAGUAUUUUAGACGCUGUGUUAGUCAAACUAAUCCCUCUAUGGUUAUCACAGGAUCAUUUUGAUCCCUUUUUUAUAUUGGGACAAUCAGUGACACAUGGUUGCGUAAACAUUCAUCCAUUGCCUGAAGUAGAUACCUGUCUCUACCCGGCACGGAUUGAACUCCACUAAUCACAGCUUUAGUGGUCUAGUUUACAUCAGCUCAAAUAUAGGGACACAAAAAUCCAAGGGUCUACUAAAUACGCCGUAAAAAUAUAACAAUACUCCCAUUAGUUAAACUUACAUACUACUCGCGCUAUUAUAUCAGGCACUAAUAUGUUUAACUUUAUAUCACUCUGAAAGCUAAAUAGCAUUUAUUUCUUAGUUUUCACGGAUUUCUAAAACUCUGGAAUGUAUCAGGACUGUCAUUUGUGAAUACGAUGAUUUUAGGUAUAAUAAGGAUUCACUCGUGAAUAAAUUUAUAAGCGGUAUAGCAGUACAGUACAGGAAUCAAUUAAUUGUUAAAUAUUUUUGUUGUGACCCACAGUUUUCGAUAGUUGAUACUGUUAUUCAGUCUUCUUGUGAAUAUGAACCCAACCGGCUACUCGAGUGAAGAAGGCUGAGAGUAAGAAAGAAAGUUUACUGACUAACCGAAUAUGCUUGUACGUAUAUACAUACAUACAUACAUAUAUCCUUCAGAAAAUAAAGCCACCAGUGGUGUGUUUUAUCAUUCCUACGAAAUGUAAACCACUUCUGGUCCAAUCGCGUGCACUUCUCAUUUGGCUGAUUUCUGAUCGGACUAAUGUAUAAAUUUUUCAUCUUAUUUCAAUAUGGAACUUCUUAUGAUGUUAUUUAUAGUGUUUUUCUGAAACAUUGGUUUAGUGGUUGGAGAAUUCACGUAUCAGCCUCUGCGUGAUGGGUUCGAACCCAGCUGGCUACAUCUACUUCAUUUUUAGUGUCUGAGCAAUACCAUUAGCCUUUACUUGCUAAUGUUAUAACAGAACGAGUAUUGGAGAGGUUCUUACUGUUUAGACUAUCUUCAUCAAUAUUGUUGUUUAUUUUUACAUUGUGUAACUACUGAGUAACCGGACUAUGUUUUUGUAUUCCGUUUGUUGUAAACCCGUAACAGCACACAAGAUCAAGUUGGUCACAUUCAAAUCCCUCCUACAUCCAGAUAAAUCUCUUAUUGCCACGACUAACCCUUCUCACGUCCCUUUAUCACCUCGCACCGCUAGGGCAAACGAUUCGAGUACGCGGAACGUUAUUCCUUGGUUUCCUGAAACCACGCUCUAAACUACAUGUAGGAGCUUUCAACGUCCAAACACUGUGCCAAAUAGGACAACAGGCUUUCUUAGCUAGGACUUUAGAAUCUCGCGCCACCGAUGUGUGUUGCGUCUCCGAAACGCGCAUACAGGGUCCGAGUAGUGUCAUUCAUUUAACCUCACAAUGUCAAAGUAACGGACCAACUCGAUUUACGCUUCGUGUAUCUGGAAGCCCUGAUUCUGAUUCCCAUGGCCUCGCUGGCGUAGGUAUAACAUUGAGUCAUAGGGCAGAACUAGCUCUCUUAGACUGGAUCCCAGUAGACAGUCGUUUAUGCGCUGUCCGAUUAAACGGAACAAUAAGGACUCGGAAAGAUAGGGACACUCGUCGUUGCCUCUUCGUCGUCUCUGCCUAUUCUCCCACUGACUGCAGCGCAGAUGAUGUAAAAGAUGAGUUUUACAGAAAGCUCUCCGACCUUCUCCGAAAAGCUAGUCGCUUGGAUGUAGUAAUAAUGGCCGGUGACUUUAAUGCUCAAGUAGGUAAACUAAGCGAAAGGGAAAGACACCUAGGUGGAUCUUAUGGUGUCGUAGCUCAAAGAACAGAUAAUGGCGACCGUCUGUUGCAGCUAUGCUCAGAUAACCGCUUGUUUCUUGCAAAUACUAGCUUUAAGCAUAAGCAAAAACAUCUUUUGACUACUACCUCUACCACUACGGAAUUUGAAUCUAUAAUUGUAUCUGUGUGCUAAUGUGGUAUGGCAACUUGAACCAAUGUAUGUACGUACGAAGUUUCACGUUGUUACUGACUGACUGAGUUGUUGUAAGCGUCCGUUUGACCCACUACAUAUUACUGUACGUUUUAUUGUUCCUAUAUUAUCGCUAAUCAACUAUUUACAGUUUUCCUAGUUGACAGUCACUUUUGACAUGUUUGUGUAAUAACGAUGAUUUUCUAUUUUAUGUUGUUGGUUUUGUCGGGCAUAUAAGCUAAUGAGGGCUUGGGAUAGCUGCUGGAGAGGCUUUUCAAAAUAUAGUAUAGAGGUUUGGCUACGGCUUUCUUCUCAGACUUAGGGUUGAGGAUUGAAGUCAUUGCAUAUAGGCCGAUCAAUAAGCUUACGAUGGCUUAAGGUUGAUUGUGUCGAUCAGAAUGUAUAAUUAGUCAAGACUAAGGGCGCUAGGUUAUAAACGGAGUGACAGAAGUGUAUCAGAGAAAAUGUAAUCUUAAUUCUGAUUGAAGAACUUAGCAAGUGAUAUUAAUCAAUCGCUCAGACACAACACUUGGUAAGUUUAUUUUGUCUUUACUUAUCCCAUAAUGAGAAAAUUCUUCUGCAUAUUUUUACCCUCAUGAAUAAACAGGUUCAGUCAUUCAUUUCUUCAAAUCCAUGUGAAAAACGCUCAUCUGAUCUGUCACCAGGCGAUUCACAAAUACAAUCUCCUAACAGCUGUAAAGAUUCGUGUAUGGGUUUGUUUUUCUGAAUGUUAUAAUUAUAAUAAUAAUUAUUAUUAUCGUCACAUCAUCAUCGACAUAGUUUUGUUUAAUUAUCAGUAAAUUGAUGUACUGUGAAACAUUUUCCGUCCUGAUUAUUGAUCUGCUUAUGAAAGGAAGUUGAUCAUUUAUUUUCAAUGAAUUCAAGUGAUGUGUAGUUUUUUAUAUAUUAGUUUCCAUUAUCCCAAUAAAUUAAAUAUCAGUUAACUUGACUUUCGGAUUAUUAGUUAUUUUCAUUGGCUAAGUUAUUGUAAGAAAGGAUAAUCGACAUUUUCCUUUACUCUAACAUUAACUAUGAUGUUCUUAUGAUAUCCACCAAUAUGUUAUAGGUUCAAAAUAUAAUUGUACUUUUCGGUGGUAAUGCUUUACUGUCAUAAAGGGUUGCUAAAGUUAGAUGGUAACUUUAGAAGAUAAUAAACAUGUAAAUGAGCAUCCUUUUAGCGUAAUGUAGGCUACCAAGAUAGAUUAACCGUACAGUUGUUUAUAUUGUAUGCACAAUUAAUCAUAUUGAUGUAACAUUGUGUUAGUCACAGAGUUAAUUUCAAUCAGUCGGUAAUAUGUAGCCGUACAUAGAACCUGGCACAUAUGUGUAUCGGUUGAAGUUGCCAUAUCACUUCAACACAGUGAGGUAUCAGUGUAGUGUAGGUAGUAACAGUAUAAGUGGUAGCAGUAAAUAUUAGUUAUAGAAGAUAGCGUUCAAGAAAAAGAUAUAAAUUCAUCAAAUGAAAAUCAUUGUAAGAUAAUCGAGAAACUUAGAAUCUAAGGGAAGAUAAAGAGUGAAUACGCUUGAACCAUUGCGGAUGAUCCUGAGUUAUCAGUCAAAGUCUCUAACCACUGGUCACCACUAUAACUUCACUGACCUCAAUCAGGUAGUCUGAAACUAUCUACAGAGCUCAGUUCAAAAGUCGGUGUUUUCGUGAACUAAUUCCACUUUUUGAUUUAAUCGCUUUAGCUUUCUUCCUACUUACCCCCUCUACACCAACCGUCACGUGUCGAGGUGGGAAUGGAAUUAGUUCAUGUCACAAUAAUUGCUGAUUACAAAGUAAUAGAACCCAUACCAAAUGUCAGUUCCCGUGGUUAGUUGUUGAUACCAUUGUACAGAAUUAGAGUAGUUUAAACUAUUUGGAGUUUCAACAAUAUGGUAAUUCAAUAUGGCUUACAUGCUGGCAAAUGCCCUGUUUAUUCUUUAGCGUUACUUUGUUAGUAACCUAAUGACAGUGUGCUAGCUCUAAUCCGAAUACAUAUGAGGUUGUGUAAUUUGGAUUAGGUAAUGUAUAAAUCUUCCGUAAAUGUAUGACAUAAGUGGAGUGACUAACAACAAUCAUGUAGGCUGCAUGCUCAAGAGAAAACAGUCACAAACUGUACUCGAUGAAUUCUAUCAACUAAACGCAUACAUGUUAACAUAUUUUCUUGGUUAUCAGAUUAAUUCUUUCGCAUAAAUUCCGAUUGUGUUUCUGAAAAGUAAAAUCUUCGAACAAUUUCUUUCUGUUUUGUAAUGGGGUUUAUGACUCUAAUUGUAUAUUUACCAAAUGGAAAGUCUCAUUAAGGUGAUACCCAAAUAUUAUUUCAACAGUAAAGAUCACAUAUCACACUAGUAAAUCAUCCUUUUAAUGUGACUAAGUGAUAACCAAAGUCAGAUGAUUUAUCAUAGGAUAUGAAAGCUGUCUUGCACUCACAUCUCUAGAUUACAAUCAACUUUAAAAAACGAAUUCUUAUGACUUGUGGGUGUUUUGUUGCUCACGGAGUUAAAUACCAAUGAAAAUCAAUUGAAUACGCGUUGGGAUACAGAAAACAUAGAAGAAUUAUGAUUUUAAAAUAACUUAUAGUAAACUGAUUUACCAUCAAACAAUUCUCGUCAUGAAUCCGUGCAAUGAACUUCACUGUGUACAAGAGUAUGGGAUAAAUAGCAUUAGGUAGAUCAUUCACUGUUAUAAGGACUUGUCUGUUAAUAUAUUCAAUGAUCUAAAUCAAAUAAUCAGUUUUAAUCAAUAUUUAAUUUCUGAUUGUUUUCAUCAACAAAUUAAUUGAUGUGACUGUUUGUCUUCGUGCAUAUUAGUUAGCUUAUUUGAAUGAAUUAUUUUUAAAACACCCGGCGAUUCCGCUUAUGUCAGCUUCUCACGACCAACUAUGAUUGACUACAUUUUCAGCUAAUUGUUAUUUCUAAUUUAUACAUUAACGAUAUUUCUAUGGAGGACAUUUUUUUACAAUUAUUUAUACUAAAUCUUUUUACUCACAGUUACAUCGUCUUUUAAUACCUCUUUUUAUGAUUUCAGAAUUAUCUUUCAUCUGUUUAGAAUACUAUGCUAUUCAAUGAAACGUUUAAGAAAGUAUAUUCAAAGAUAUAUUACGUUUAAACCUGUUCUUCCGCGUUUGUAGGAGAAAAAACACCCAUGUUGAUCUUAGGGAGGGGGGUUAGGUAGUUUUAAAGAAACCCUAGACAAGAUAAAAUUCUUUAUUUACUCAUCAAAAUGUUUUCACAUAUUCCAAUGUUGUAUAACGUCAGUUAUGACCUUAUUUGAGUAUGAUAAUUAAUCACGAGAAGUUAAAUGAUUUUUCCCAAGUUGUAGUCACCACCUACUGUUUGGUGAUAUAUAUUGUGUAGUAGAGUAGUAGAUCGGAAGCACGCUAAUGAUAAACAAUCUCAAGAAGUCACACCAAUCCAUGAUUUCACUAAGCGUUGAUAUGAGUUUUGUUAGUAGGUGCAAAGCUCAUGAAUAUGAUCCAAGAGAUAAUUAAUAGUCUGUGAUUGAAAUCCUUUGGUAAUAUAACUCGAAAUUGGUGAAAGUGGAUCGGAUGGAAUUCAUUCUCCAUGUACUUUCAAGUUCUAAUUUUUAGUGUUAUUUCAGUUAAAUAGUUUAACUCAUUUCUUCCUGAAUUAUUAUAUUUCAUAUGUUUAUUGUUCUGCAGUGAAUGAACGCUCAUGUAGGGGCAACUAAUUUGUUAUUUAAUACAAAGUUACAGUCCUUUCAUAAAAUGUGAAAACCACACAUUAAAUAUUUCAUUCGCAAAUCCUCAAUCAUCUGUAUCAAACUACAUCGUUCCUUCAUUGCUAUUACAAUUACUCUCUGUUUACAUUGCCAUUCUCUUCGGUUCGAUCUUCUCAACCUUCUGCUACCAGGCAUUCCACUCCUGAUUGGUGUUACAUACUACUUAUGUCGGCAGACAUAAGUAGCAUAUACCACAAUUCUACUAUAUUGGUACUAUUAUUUCGUCUGAUCACCUUUCGCGGUUUUUUUUUUAACUUCCUGCCUCAUUGAAUUUAUGCAAAUUGUGAAAAUUUGGACAGUUGUUUUUAUUAUGUAUAUAUACAGGGUUCCAUGUUGUUCAUAACUAAUGAGCUGACCAAUUAUCUCUAAGUCUUCCUCAAAUUUUAGCCAUAUGUUGUUCUAGAAUAUAACAUUUAACUCUGCUUUCAUCCUGUAUUUAUGACCUUGUGACUUGAUUACAGGUUUUACUGUAAAUUAACAAUUUUAUAAACGUCCAUUUGUUUCUUAAUUGUUUUCUUUUAGAUGCAUCUAUUGAAAAAUCCCCAGUUAAAAUUGAAGAUUCAUCAUCUAAUUCAUCAGUCGUUUUUGAACAAAACGAUAAAACGAUCGAUGCUGACUUAUCAAAUCUAUCUGGCCGUGUUUUUUUAAGAUCUUUAUUUCGUUCUUUGGAAAUUGGUUCCGGUUCAGAUCAAGAUGCUAUAUUCUCUAUUCUCCUUUUAUUCGCUAUAAAAUCAAAUAAAGGUGUUGAUUUGGCUACUUUGAAACUUGCCCAAUUAAACGGUCCCGAUAUAGAAAAUGAACCAUCGUAUAAUUAUACACUUGUCACAAAGCUUAUUGAAUUAAUUGGUGACGCAUGUAAAGCUGAAAGUCGUAUUCGUUUAAUCACUGUACGAAUGGCUAUUCGUUUGCUAACAGACUUAGUAUAUAGCGUCAAUUGUGGUUGUCAAUUAUCCGAUCAACAUUUCGCUGAAAUUAUUAAUGCUCGCGAAGAAGCGAUGCUUGUAUUAAGGAGCUAUUUUGAGAAAUCUGGGAGGCUUCAUCAGUCAUACUGUAUUGUAGCUUCAUUGACCGGUGUGUUUGAUUGUUAGAUAUUUUGAAUAUUGGUUAUUCAAAGGUUUGAGAAAAUAAAGUGGCAUUCACGAAUACUUUGGAUAAAAUUCUACUGUUCAUCACAUACUCUGCUAUGUUCAGCGUAUCGUUUAAAGUAAUCUUGACAAUCGGACCAUGAAUUGUCUGAUAAACGAGAAUCUACUACUGUUGGCAAAUUCGCAAGAAUUAGUGCAAUAUUUCUAGACCUGUUUGAAAAUGAAUUACGUCGUAUUCAAUCAGCACUUCCUCUGCUAUCUACAUUAGCUACAGAUGCUCGUCUGUUAAUACAACCAUAUUCAUCAUUCUUGGAGCAAUCAGACGAGAUAACAAAACAUACUACUAAUGCUACUACUAGUAGUAAUAAGAUGCAAAUGUUGACAUGUAAUGAUAUGGAUUUAAUCUAUCGAUUACCGAAUAAUGAACGUGAGCAUAUUCAACGUGCAAUCGGGAUAUAUCUUAUUGUACAUAUUUGGUUAGAAAGAAUGCUGACUUUAAAAAUGAAUGUUACCUCAUGUCAAGAUGUUAUUGUCGAUGCUGAUAACAUUUGUUUAUCAGUUCAGAAUUCGGAGAUAUUUCCAAAUGAUUUGUUUUCCAAUCUUGUUGGUAUACCUGGAUUAGGAGGAUUUUGUAGUAUACCAGAUCCUAAAACAACUACACCUUCAUUAAAGACAGGAGAUAGACUAGACCUAUGUCAAUAUUAUUAUUAUUACUUUAGUCUCUGAAACACUGAUUGGAUGUACAGUGGAAUGUUCUGGCAUUCAUGAAAAACGUUUUAUAGUUAGUUGUGGUCAGCAGUUGGUUCUGGUAAAACCUGACUCAAAACAACUUGGUUGGGGUGUCAUAACAUUUAUUGGACCAUUACAAGAUUUGGAAUCUCAUUGUGAUCCAGCUGAUAGUCGUUGUCUUCAUGUGACCAUUCAUGCGCCUGGUCAUUUAACCUGUCAAAAUUCCAGUCCUGGACGAUUAUUCAGUAAUAUUAAUAAUACUGAUAGUAAAUCGCCGAUUAUGGUUGCAAAGUUUCUAUUUGAAGAUCAUAUACGUUGUAUGACAGCUCGGCAAUUAUUAUCCCGUGGUAAAACAGUCGUUGAACAAACGAAACUACGGAAGAUCGCAUCGUAAGUUAUUGGAAAUAUUUAUGUGUCGAAUUCGGUGUGUUUCUGUCUAUUCAGAAGUAUAACUUCAGUUAUACUCUUGACUUCAAUAGAGACAGGGGUUUUGCGAACAUUUUCGUAUAUUUUGAAGGCAGAUUAACUGUCGAGGUUCAAGAGGUGGAGGUUAUUAAGAACUAAUUAUUGUUUCCAUGCCCAAGAUGUUACCGUGUUUUAAUUUUUGGCUGAGAGCGAUUGUGUAUCUAAAGCUGGACUUACCUCUUCUGCCUUAAGUACAUGUAGCCACUUUUUACAGCACACUCUGAUCAUUGAUUUCUGCAUUGAAACUUCAUGCUGCUCAGCCGUUAGCAUUUGAUAAAUAUUGUUUUACUUGAUUCUCACUCUAAGUCAAUCCAGAUGUGAUUUUAUUUAUCACAGCCUAUACCGUUUGUGUUGUUAGGUUGCUCUCUAACUACUCGUCAACUUUUUUCUAAUACCAUUUAGGUCGAGGUGAUAUAUAUGGAUACACGUCCACCGAAGUGGCUAGGAUGUGUAUGAUUUAUUUGUCUCGAAACAGCACAUCAAUUAAAGUUAUGUUGGAAUGCAUAUGAGGGUUUUUGGUUAAAGACAAUAAGACCUAUUGAUUGAAGGUAAACACAGGAAAUGUAGUCUUAUAUAUAUAGGGAAUGUUUUUUGUUUUCCUAUACCUUUCUCUUUUUUUUACAGUUUGCUUGAUUUCCCACCUCAAUUUAUACGCGAAAAGUUUUUAGCUAAUAACACAAGUACUGGUUAUAACAAUGGCAUUGUUGGUAGUAAAAAUUAUAUGUGUAAUAACCAACACACAAUGAUUGUCAACAACCGUUUUGAUCCGGCAAAUACACGUGGUAUGCACUUAAAUAGUAGCAGUAGUAGUGUUAAACGAAUCAGUGCAAAUGUAAUAACUGGAACGAAAAGAGCUGAACAAUCACCGCCUGUGCAAAUAAGAAAGUUUAUAAAUGACAAUGACAAUAAUAAUACUAAUAUGGAUAGCAGUGGUAAGAUUGGUGAAAGUGUACGCCCAGGUGUUUGUCUAUUUGAUCAGCAAGGUGAUGUGAAUACAUCUGGUUGUUUACAUGAUACAUAUGGAACUGACUCAUCAUCGUUAGUGGCACCAUUAGUUUGUUUGGCUAAUUCAAGUACUUCAACAAUUUCAAUGACUAAAGCAAUAGAGUCAACUGCAUCAACGAGUACUCUUGGUGAACCAGUUGUAAAAUCUAAUCCACUGCAAACUUUUACCAUCAUUAAAACACCUAACAGUAGAACAAUGAAUCAACAAGAAAUUUCCCAAUUAACGUCAUCUUCUGUUCACAAAACAGUAAGUGAUGGAAAGAGAAUCAAUAAGAAGAAGGAAGACAAGCAGCAGUGGCCACAGCUACAUGAGGAUGAGGACGAACAGAUUGUCGAUGAAAAGAAAAAACUUAUCAAUUUAUCUGAAGCGUUUUCCAAUUUAAAAUCAAAUAUGUUUACAAAUGACUAUUCAAGUGGAAAUAAACAAGCUGAACACCAGUGCUUAUCUUCUGAAUCCAAACAGUCAAACUAUUCAUCAGGUGAUAUUUCCGAUGUGUAAAAAUGAGAGACAGGGAGUAUGGAGAACUGAGAAUUUUUAUCUUAACAUUUUUGUUUGAUUACGACAAUGGUUGUUAGAAUAUUUUGUAAAUACUCGUUUAAAACCGAACGAACAGAUUAAUGAAAAGCGAAUACAAUGCAUCUGUUAAUCUAUCCAUUUAAGCAUAUAUGUAUGUGUAAACGAACAAUUUCUGCUAAAAGAACCAUUUACCUAACGUACUUGAAGGUUGUUCGUAUCUUUCAAGUUUCUGUCUUUCAGUACUUCAUUUCUUCUUUUCUAUUCAAACUCUCCUUUGUUGCUGAGUAAACACAACAGAAUGAUUGAAAUCAUAUAUGCUCAUGUUUUUGUAUACAUAUGUGUAACUCACUAUCACUACUAUUACUAUUAUUACUGGUAAGUAGUGAUAGCGUAGCGUUACCAAUAUGCACUAUUAGUCCUUUCAUUAAAUAUAGACUGAGACAAAUACAUUCAUUAUUAUUUGUUUUAAAUGUAUUUAAGAUUCAUAUUUUCAAGAAGAAUAAAUGUUUAUGUCAUUAUUUAGAUGUUUGUAAUAUUUUUGUUAUGACUAACAUCGGUAGCAGUCAAUAAUCAUUAAUUAUUUUUCUCCCUCCAUCUCUGUUUACAUGAUAACUUUAAUUUGAGUAGAGAGCGAAAUGGAAAUAAUUGAUGUAUGUACUUUUUGAAUUACUCAUGAAAAUAUGUAUUGGGUGAUUAGUAUAGAAUCCAAAUGAAAAUUCUUUCAUUUUCCAAAAGUAUAAAUUAUGUAAAUUGCUCUUAUUUAUCAAUUUUAUAAUCAAUGAUAAAUAAUAAAAAUGAGUUUCAUCA